AUGAAUAGUUUAUUAUCGUGUAUUUAGGGUUAAAAAGAAUUCAAUCAAAAGCAGCAACUUCAAUUUGACAUCAACAAAUACAUCCAAUACCCUGAGACACUCACUCCCAUCCUCAUACAGAUUUGCGUCAAAAUAUUUGCCAACAAAGACAAGUACUUGGAUGCUCAGGAGGAAUCUCAGAUACUCCAAUUGAUCAUCAAAGGUCUCACAAUCAAGAAGUACAACCAUGAUAUCCUGAUCGAAAUCGGAUCAGUGAUCAACCUCCAAUCCAAUGACAAAGCCAAUCAGAACAUAUUUUAUUAUGUGUACCUGUCCUCACUCUACAAACAAAAGUCCAAGUCAGUUCAACAACAACAAUAAAUCAACAAGAUGAUCAACCUCUACGAAGAUCAAUUCAAAAAUUACAUCCACCAUUUGUCCCAAAUCGAGUGGAAUCACAACCUCCUCCAAUCCCUCAUUAAAUGCGUCUUAUUCAACCCCACCCUCUUCAGAAAUCACUAGAAACAAAUCUAAGAACUCUGCAUUCAAAGAAGAUCCCAAACCAAAAUUGCCACACUCUUAGCUCAACUCUACGCUGUCCUACAAUUCACCUACUUGGAAGGCAAGCAAGGAAUCAACUCCUACCAAUCACAAGUCGUCAACACCCUGGAACAAAUCUUCGAUGCCUACUAUGUUGUAGCCUCCCUAAUUGAUUUGGAGAAGGAGAAACUAGUCUUGCAGAAUAACUGGCAAGCCAACCUCUCCACUGAGGAAGUCAAGAUGAAUCUCCUCAAUAUCGAAGGCAAGAACCAAAAGACCAAGUAUUCAAUCAUCUUUCAAAUCAUCAAGGAAUUCCUCACAUCAACUGACAAUUUUACCAUCAAUUUUAGAGAAACCUUGCAUUUCCUGUCUCUCCUUUUCCAAUCACAAUUGCAAUUCAUCAAAGAAGACAUCCUCAUUGAUAUUUAGAUUGAGAGUGCCAUCCAAAAAAUAGGAGAAAUCAUAUAACUCAACAACUCCUUCGCUGAUCAUUUAGAUGUAGUCUAUGAAACACAAUUGAAUCAAAGCAUUAUGCAGCAAUUACAAAACAAGCUCAACAAAUUAAUGAUCGAUAGAGGAAUCACUCUCAGCAUUGAAUCCUUCAAAGAACUAAACUACUUCAGCAAGUCCACUUCACUUUCCUUAUUACACACACUCGUACUGUCCAGUUUCAGUCAAGGUCUAAUAAUGAAUACAUCGAUCCUUCAAAUUUUAUUUAAAUUUACUCAAUCAUCAUUUUCAGUCAACACCUCCAUGAUCAAACUCAUUUCCUAGUUGUGUGAAUCCAUGUCAUAACAGAAAUUUUUAACAACCAGGAUUGAAUUAGAAGUGAUCUCAAGAAUCCUUGAACAACUUGAACUUGAAUUCCCAAAAUUUAUGAAAAACAUGAGCAAUUUUAUGAAAAGGGAAAGACAUCAAAUCUAUCAACCCCAAAAUGCCGAUAACAAAAAGAAAUAAAAGGUAGUCAAAGACAUUCAAUUGGGAUUCCUACCUUAAGAUCAACUCAACAAGACGAGUGUGAAAACACUAAAAUAACGAUUUGAAAAUCAAUUUAGUUCAUUGUCACAGCUGGUUGUGAAUAACUUGAGACAAGGACACUCACUGGAUUUAACCAAAAGGUUGUACCAGCUAUUAUUUAUCAUUUUCUCAUUUCCUCAUGAUAUUUUGUUAAAUCAUUGUGGCAGUGAAGUCAUUUCGUCCUUGUUGCGAUUAUGCAAGGUGGUGUUACAAAACUAUAAUGAAUUGGAAUUAUGUUUGAUUCAGCCCAUUAAGUAUUUCACUUUAUACUUGAUGCAAUCAGAGGUCUACGAUAUUGAUUUAGAUUUGCAGGAAGCAACAUCUGGCAUUUUGGAGUUAAUCAAUUUUGUUUACCAAAAAAGAAAGACUUUGUCGAUAGAUAAUUAUGUGUCAACGAUUAAAUCAAUCAAUGAUCAGUUUUCCAAGGUUUAAUAGAUCCUCUAGUCUGUCAACUCAGAAGAGUAAUACUAUUCUUGUAAAGAUAACUAGAUGGAUCUGUCCAUGAAUGCUAGUGUUGGAAAUAUUAACAACAAUCUCCAAUAGAUAGCUGCCUAGAUCAGGAAGACUAAGAGCUUUAUUGGGGAGGAGGAAAGUAGCUCAAAACAAUAGAAGUAAACAGAGGAUGAGAUGUUUUAUUCCAUAGUGAAUCAUUCAAAUACCAAUAAUGCAAAAGGAGAAUAACAAAAUUAAUAAAUUGUUACAUUACAAUAAAAUGUGAUUGUUAAUGAGGAUGAAGAGAUUGAAAUACCAAAAGUUGUAUUUGAUUGA